AUGAGCAUCCAGAUGCCACCCACACUCCUGGUGCUGGCAGCAAAGCGCCUGCUUAGGGACCAGGCCUUGGCCAUUGCAGCUCUGGAGUACCUGCCCACUGAGCUCUUCCCGUACCUGUUCGUCCUGGCCUACCGUGGUGGACACCACUGCCAGCUCCUGAAGGCGUUGGCCCAAGCCUGGCCCUUCACUGUCCUCCCUCUGGAGGUCCUGAUGCAGCGUCCCCCUGAUCAUGCCCCAACCAGGGCCACAGGCUUAAAAGCUGUGUUUGACACGCUUGAUGUUCUGCCUGCCCAGGAGGUGCAAACUGCGGGCCGUCUGGACCAGAUGCUCAUGCGCCUGCAGGCUCCCUUGGACCUGCUCUGCCUAACAUAUUGCCAGCGGCUGACGCAUUCAGACCUGACACACCUGUUCCAGUGCCCGAACCUCAGGCAGCUGAAGAUCCUGCACCUAGUUGGCCUCAGCCUUGCGGAUUUCAGUCCCGAGCCCCUCCGAGCGCUGCUGGAGGCAGUGACACCCACCCUCCAGGACCUGGGUCUGAUAAAUGAUCUGCCCAUGGAGAUCUUUGCCUUGCUCCCCGGCACUGAUCUGCCCAGCCUGGCCCAGGCCUGCACCAAAUUCCACCACAUCCUGCACACGGACAGCAUCUGGAGACGGUGCUGCUGCGAGGAGUUUGGAAACUUGCAGAACCAGGAGAUGAUCGGUAUCUCUUAUCGAGAAGUCUAUGUGAAGCCGUUCCACCCAUACAGACACAUUUUGGGAUUGUGGCAGCUAGAUAAUAGCUAUCGAACACUGCUGAAUGUAGUGGUGGAUGGCUUAUGCAUUGCUGGUUGGACGUACGGACCUUCCCAUAACAUCCAUGUGGAUGGCCCAAUGCAAUUCAAGCUCUCGUUCAGAAUUAGCCUGACGGAGAGGAAAUCAGCCACGAUGGAGUGCAUGAACGACUUCUACAGCUUUUCCCACAGCCGCCACCUGCAGAUUCAGAAGGACAGGUUCAGCAUCCAGUGGAUCAAGAGAGACUACCGAAGGGAUUUACCAGUGCGGCUUAGGGGAGAACGGGGGCGGGUGCUGGUGCAGGAGGACAGACAUCAGUAUGACUGCCUGACCUACAGCCGCCUCUACCUCCCGCCAAGCCCGGACGACCUCAUCAGGCCAGGCCUCCUCCAAGGCAAAUAUGAUCCGUACGGCCUAACGAUUGUCAUGCUUGGAUUCCAUGGGAGGUAUGCCAGGGUCACGAAGUUCAUGGGAGAGUCCAUCAGGACAUUAGAGAUCCACCUCAUGCGCCGCAUGCAGCUGCCAGAUGGCGAGAUCUUCCGCAACUUCAACGAGCUCUCCCGCGUGGUCCAGGAGAUUGACCAGCAGGUGAUCUGGGAGCAGCAGCAGCAGCAAGAAGACGGGACUGAGGAAAGCGAGGGCCAUGGCUGGCAGAGCCCUGCCCAGCCCAGCGUCGGGGAGUCCAGGCCUGCAGCUUCGGAGGAGCAGCCUGUCCCGUUUGUUCUGCCUGUGGGCGUGCACCCAAUAGACCAGAACUAA